AUGGCAUCUAGAAUUCAUCAUUUAAUUUUACUUGGUGACAGUAUUUUUGAUAAUCAUUCGUAUGUUGAUGAUGGCCAACCUUCUGUAAUAGAACAACUAAAAGCAAAAGUAGAAAGUUUCGAUUGGAAUGCAACAUUAGUUGCUGUAGAUGGAAAUAUUCUUUCAGAUGUUGCUAAUCAAAUAAAAAGUGUUCCUCGUGAUGCUACUCAUUUGUUUAUUUCGAUUGGUGGAAAUAAUGCACUUUCGUAUAUGCACCAUUUAAGCGCAACAGUGCACAGUGUUGGUGAAGCAUUACUAACACUUAGUAAAAUAAAAAAGAAGUUCGAAAAAGACUAUACUGAUAUGUUAAAAAAGUUGAUUGCAUUGAAAAUUCCUGUAACAACAUGCACUAUUUAUAAUCCACGUUUCGAUGAUUCACAUCAACAAGCAAUGUGUGAAACAGGUCUAUCAGCAUUAAAUGAUGUUAUUGUUACAGAAUCAACUAAACUUGGUAUUCCAGUUAUUGAUUUAAAAACAAUAUUUAAUGAUCCAAAAGAUUAUGCAAAUGCUAUUGAACCCGGUGUUCAAGGUGGCGAAAAAAUAGUUGAAAAUAUUCUUUUUGUUGUAAAUAAUCAUCGAUUUGGUGAAAACAUUUGUUCUAUCUACGCUAGAAUGAAUCAUCCAUAA